UUCUCAUCGUCAUUAUCUUUUGCCGAAGAAGUAGGUACCCAUUAUCAUUGUUCACCCACAUUCAAUUCGGGCAUUUGUUUUUCCAAUUUUCAUAACGAAACAAAAGGUAGGUGUUUCGAAGGUAGUUUUCGCACCGAAAUCAGAACCUGUAUAGAUGGAUCCGAUAUGGCAAAACAUCACCACGGCCCUGGAAGUGGAACAAUCGGUGGCCGAUAAAUGGUUGAGUAAGCUCAAGGACCAAUAUACGCAAUCGGGCAGGCGUUAUCACAACGAAGAGCAGAUGCUCGGAAAGAAGGCAGAACAUCUGUCCGGAGCCAGUGUUUGUCUACAGUUGGCCGCCCUCUUUCAGUACUAUCACUUUGAGGCGGGGAAGGAUUGUUCCAAGAAAAACUGUGAUGCCCUCAAGGAGUUCCUAGCCGAAUCGAAUGUCGAUAAUAAAGCCCUCAUAAAUAAUGUUCUUAAACUUCUCGGAGAUGAGACCGUAGAUAGCGCUGAUAUUUCUGAAGAUGAUGUCCUAUUUUUCCAAGACCUGGAUUUACUAAUCCUGGGCUAUCCUUCGGAUGAAUACAAGAACUACACGAAGUGUCUAAGAGAGGAGUACAAUUCGCUAGACUCAGAUGCCUACAAUAAAAUGCGACUAAAGAUACUGCAAACGUUCAACAGAAUACCAUUCAUUUACGCGACGAAGGAUUUCAACGAUAAAUUCGAGAAAGCUGCCAGAACAAAUAUAGAAAUUGAAAUUAAGGAAUUGCAAGUUUAGAAAAAAUUAAGCAAAAAUGUAAAAUAAGGAUAACAAUUUGUGUAGACGUUCGAGAGUUAAAAUAAAUUUAAAAAAUAAUUAACAAAG